AUGAGUGUGUUCAAAGAGUACAACGAGAAAGAACGUACUGGAAUCGAGCCGAAACACGUGGAACUCAUUGAAUUCGACGACGAAGAAGAGGACGAUGAUUCGUUGUGUGGAAGGGCGUUUGAAAAACAGGCGGGAGAUGAGCGCACUUUGAAGAAACUAACAUCGGCAGUGUACAUCGAAAAGUUCCACGGAAAAGUCGAGGAGUACAUCAAAUUGCUGUUGGAUUGCAAACAAAAUGGAGACGAAAACUGGGCGACGCCUUCGAUUUCCAACAUCAGGGAUAUGCUCGAUUGUGGAAUUAAAAAGUUUUCAAAUAAUGUUGUUAUAAUUAUUUACAACUAUUUUAUGUGCUUCGGCGGGGAAAUACUCAAUGCUCACAAAACAUUGCGAAACAGAACACUUAUGCUUCAAGAAAAAAUUCCAUUGAAAAAAUAUAAAUUUACAAAAAUUAACGUUUCUAAACGUUACCCGAAUGUCUAAUUCGUCAAAAAAAAAAGUAAAUCUCAAAAAUCCGUGACCGAUAGUGAGAGAAAAGGUUUUUGAUGUGACCUCAUUCCACUUUAAUUUGCCGCCCUGGCCGUGACCUUUGCCGCCCUGGCCGUGACCUUUGCCGACACGUGGCAAGUCCUCCCCUUCUGCGCCACGUUUUCACUCAGUAUUCACCAAAAAGCAACCAGAAUCUUCCUGCAACACCAGUUUGUGUCUCCGAAAAUGCAUUUGGGGCCGAGCAUUUCGACGGCUCUCAUGGUGAUCGCGGUACUGAUAGCUAUAGCUUGUGAGUUUUCCUUUGCACUUCUCAGACUCUCAAAAUAUACUUUCAGCGUUAAACAAAACUGUCUUGGAAACAUAUUUCUGGGGAUCCUCGGAAACUGCCCAAUCCCCCUAUCAAGGUGAGCAAAUUGUGCUAGAAGUUGGACUGAAAAAUUAUAUUUUCCAGGUCUCUUAGAAUACGAAGACUCUCUCCGCGACGAUAUAUUCUUUAUCCGACACACCAGAAACACCGGAAGUGAGUUGAAUUUUCCAGCGACGGUUGCGAAACAUUCGCCGGUUGCAAAGUGUAUGCGUAAACAAAUUAAUAAUUGCAGAUAUCGAUUUCGAAUUGGUGGUGCUGGACAUGAGGAGAAUGUCGCAAAUUCUGACGGCCAUGGCAAUCGAAGUGAAAAGUAUGGAGAACGGAGCAUUGCCAAUAGAUGAGCUGAUCGCCGAACUGAUGGACGUCAGAUCCGCUGCUGACUUGGCCAAGUGGAUUCAGUUCGACAAAAACGCCGUCGAGGGAUUCGUCACGAAGCUCAGAGACUUCUCGAAGACACUGGCGUCUGUGCAGGUGCUCGACACGAUCGAUGCGAUGUUCAAUGCGCUGGAAUCGGCGAAAGAGGAGUACAAGUCUCUCGGCGAUCUCAACGACACAUCCAUCUUGCAAACUUUUUUCACUGCGGUCGAUAGAAUUAAGUCCAAUCCAGUCAACGUCAGUCUGAUCAACGAAUUUGCGGAAUCAAGCAACGCUGCUCUAUCACAAUUGACGAAAGUCGGGGACCUCUCUAUUUCUGUCAGCUCAAUGACUGAUAACGAAAAGAAAGAAAAGAAAACGUUAUUUGUCAUCAUAAAACGAUACGUUGACGUAAUUCUCAAUAAAAUACCGGAUAUCGAUGGAUGGAUUAAACGUUUUGAAGCCCACCAGGGAGUCAUCAAUAAUGGUCCUAUUCUCGAGUCGCCGCAGAUCAAACUCUUCGUGUUUAUCCAAUCCCUCAUCGCUAGAAAGGCGAACGGCACGAUCUCCGAUCUGGACGCCUCGCAAGUGACAGCCAUCAACGAAUUAUACACUUCCGUCGCUCAAUUCUUCACGGAUAACAACGAGGUGCGCAAUCAGCUGAGAGCGAUGAAGGAAGUCGUGAAAUCUCGAGAUGCUCAUCGGAAACCCCACUUGCUCAAGCAUACCACCGGCUUCUACGACGUGCGGAACGACCUGUCUUCCAUACAAUCAACCUGCUACUCGUUCAUGGUCCACGAACUCACUGGCGGAUAUCAUCCUCGUUCGUUGGCUGCUGCUGUCGCGUGGCCGAUGGAAGUGCUCGAAAAGAAGGUCAGUGCACUGAGUGGCAUUUGGGAUGGCUUGCGGCAGACUGGAGCUGUUCAACGAGUCGACGAACUGGAGAAGAUGUUCGAGGAGGCCGGAACUCUUGAUAAACCGAUGCUGGAAAGGAUCAUCGAGUGGGUCGGAUGGCCGAAUACCCCGUCUCUUACACCCAUGCAAGCAGCCUACCAAAAUUGCGAACAACUGGUAGACACAUUUACUGCUCUACUGCCUAUGAUGUCUUCACUCUCUAACGUUCUGAGAGACACGCUGGAGCUAUCCAAGUUGAGAGAUGUCAUCCAAUUCACUGACAAUUCAAAUCUGGACGCGGAGCUGUCGGCCGUUAUGGCAAAUUUGACAAAUUCGAAGCACAAUGAGCUCCUAAAAAACCUAACAGAGCUGAGCACACUUUUGGAUAAAGUUUCAGCGAAACUGAAGAGUCUUGGAAAACACCUCGACAUGAUCUCGGGAAAUCAGGCUAUGCUGAUAGAUUUUCCGACGAAGUAUGGAGGCAGAAGCUUCAUCAGCUUCUUCGAAAUGCUCGACACCAGCCGCCCUCAAAUCGAAAUGUUCAAGGACUUCAUCCGGUCUACGCGCAAGAUCAAGGAGCAGCAGAACGAUGGUCAACUGUUCGACGGCAUUUCGAAGGACGCCGAGUUGAUGUCCGACUCUAUCGUCACCCUGGAGGACUUCCGAAAGUAUCCGGAGCAGAUUAAUGCGAAUCGAACGCUGCAGAUGACGGACUUGUCCGAUAUAUGGAACCUUCCCUACCAUUCGGAACACUUUGGACGCGCUGUAGCCGCACUGAUCGCCGUCGGAAAGAUUGAGGAGAAGCGGACUGUCUUCGAGACGUUUCUGAGAGCAGGAGCGAAAGUGGAGCUGAUUAUUGAAGAUGUGCAGGAUCCCGCGUCGAAGAAGAGAGUCCAGUCACUUUGGGGAAACUUCCAGACAACCACUUCGGAAGUCCAAGACCUGCUGAGAACCGUCAAGGAUCGAAUGGGCGCGAUUCGAAGACCCUCGAGAUUUGCACGUUACACUGACCGAAGUGAUGAAGUCGGUCUGAAACUAUAUCAAGCCGUGUUCACCGCUGCUUCCAUCCAGAACUACGUCGAACUGGAUGCCGAAAACAGGAUGCAAGCACUCGACCAACUUCGGAUUCUUUAUCCGAACUCUCAAGAGCUUGUGGAUACAAAGGCUUCGCUGGAAGAGCUGUCAGCUCUCGAUCUCGACUUUGCCGAGUUCCAUGGAGCACUCUUCAGGAUUCCUCUGGCGCUCCAUUUUCUGGACAAAACGCUGGAGUUCCAGAGAGCAGCCUUCAGUACUCCGCCUAUCGAACUGUGAGUUCACAAUAUAAUGUGCCGUUUUCAAACCUCCAUUCUUUUUUAGCGCAGCCACGCUGAUUUCGGUUCCUUCUUCCGUCGCAUCGGUUGCCCGAUACAUAAAAGGGCAAAUGCCAAUGCUGUGAGUUCUGAACCCCCUUCAACUAAAGCAGCGCGUUUUUGUUUCAGGUUAACAGCGACGAUUCUGAUUCUUACCGUUUGGUUUUUCUGCGGCUGCACGCUAGACAAAUCGACAAGCACAGUGUACGAGAAGGGUCAACGAGGACCAAAGAAGAAUCUGUUUUCCCGAAUGGUGAAACAAUUCAAGAAGAUGGUGCGGACCGCCGUGAUGGAAAAGAAGAUGAUAAAUCUGGAAAAGACGAUAUUAACGAUAGAGAAGAAGCACGCGGAGAAUCGGAAAAAAUCGGAUAAGGCAAAGCCAAAGAAGGAGGACACGAAGCAAAUGAUAUUUGUCAGAGCGUCGAAUAUUGUUUCUAAAGAAAAGAUGGCAGAGAUUAACAGCCUUCGGGAAUCGAAUAGGGUACGUCGACGGACUGUGAAGAACAAAGUGCAAGAGAGGAUUGACGCGAUGGCACGGUUUCGGAAGGAGAACGACGACAUCGCCAGGGCUAACGAGUACAAGUACAACAAGAACGACGAGGGUGAGAACUUCUGUUCUUUCUCUUUUUCGUCUCAUUCCACAUUCUUUUCAGUUGAUAUGUACUUCUACGAUCCGGAUUGGUUCGUCCGCAACGGCUUCAGCACUGACGCGGCGUGCACCGUUCCCCGCGUCAAAAUGGACAUUAACAAGACGGUUCUGCAGGGUUAUUUCGAGUGGCAACUCCAAAAACCAGGACUCAUAGACGACGAUUGGAGAGUGGACCGCAUGGGAAUGUGUACAAUGUGAGUGGAUCUCUUAAAAGUACUAUCAGAAUGUUGAUACUUUGAGGUACCCGGAAAUGCCGCUCAUCAGGCAGACGUUGGCGAUCGACAGACACGAUGCGAUCAGAUGCUGCUACCACGCGAACAUCAUCAUUUCCCAAUAUACGGACGAGCGAUCGCGUGCAUGGCUCCCAGUGGACGCACGAAAGUACCGUACCGCGACGACAUUUGGUUGA